AUGGGUAAGAAAGCGGGAAAAGCAAGAGUCGCUAAAAAAUCGAAGAGGGUAAAGAAAGAUGGCCCGAAGAAGCCAAAAUCAGCUUUUAUGUUUUAUUCUCAAGAAAGAAGGGUUACACUCAAAGAGGAGCAGCCAGAUCUCAAAAUCACUGAGCAAUCUAAAGUUAUCGGGCAAGAAUGGGGCAAGCUAACAAAUGACCAAAAGGCUCCUUACGCAGAAAAAGCAAGCCAAGAUAAAGAAAGAUAUAAUCAAGAAAAAGCUAAUUUGUCAGGACAUGCUGAGGAUGAAGAGGAAGAGGAGAAAAAAGAGGAAUCUGAAGAAAGUGAUGAAGAUUAA